AUGAAAGUCUUCACACCAAUGUUCGUGUUGAUGGCAUUCUCUACCUCCCAGGCAAUUGCUGCACCUACAGCAGAGGCUACAGAUCUAGAGAUGCGCGCCGACUAUUGCGUGAAAAUCAGUGUAUGCCACGGCUACAACUACGAGGGUGGCUGCUAUAAUGAAUGUAACAGGCCCGGUACGGGCUACGAUAUCAAAAAAGAAUAUCGGAAAAAUGCUGGCUCAUUCAAAAUUGAGACCAAGGGUUAUGUCUGCCUGGUUGGAUCAUCCGAUCAGGGCACAGACAGAGUGGACUACCCUGGGAUCAAGAGAUUCAAGGAUGGAUGGAUCAAUAACAUUAAUGGAUAUCAGUGCAACAAAAUCAAAUGA